AUGACGUUUUGCGACGGAAUCGAAGUGGAAUCUUUGGUGCAACGAGAGGCGAUGAUGCGUCACCCCUUUGUGCUCGGCAUCGGUGACGGUUCGCUUUCCAAAGAACGUUUCAGGCACUUCAUAACGCAAGACUACGUUUAUCUGAUCGACUACGCCCGAUGUUUAGCCAUGGGCACGGUGAAGGCGCCCGACUUGGAAACCAUGAGUUGGUUCGGGGUCGCGGUCGAUCACAUCCUCAACACAGAGAUGGAACUCCACCGCUCAUAUUGCGCUGAUCUCGGAAUAACCAUCAACGAGUUGGAGUCGACACGACACGCGCCGACAACGUACUCGUACACGAGCUACCUGUUACGCGUUGCCCAGAUUGGAAGUUUCGGAGAAUUGAUUGCCGCAUUGGUGCCGUGUAUCUGGGGAUAUUGGAAGGUGGGCGAAAUGCUGGCCGAGGUGGGUGAACCACAAGAUGCGCCGCACUACGCCGAUUGGAUCCGUAUGUACGCGGGUGACGAAUCGAGAAUCGUCGCGCUGGAAGCGCGUUCCAUCUGCGACCGUACCGCUGAGAACGCAGGUCAACCAGAACUUGACGCGAUGCGCGAGGCGUACAUCACCUGCACACGUUACGAGCGCGCUUUUUGGCAGAUGGCGUGGGACCUUGAGGAAUGGCCAGCGUAA